UCGAGAGCUCAUCUACCUGGUGCAGACCAGAUUCACCACACACUACCUGAUGUUAGAGUGGCUGUUGGAGUGACGUCACACGCUUGAGGAUAUGAUGAUUAGCGACGAGUGGUUGCGACAACCGUGGAGGUGGAGCUUGUGGCUUCGGUCGCAGUGGGUGCGGCAGCAGGUUAGAUCUGCUGCGUUUUGGGACAACGUCGAGGGCAUUGUGGAGUUGAUAACACCUAUGAUGCAGUUGCUGCGCAGACUCGACCGCGGGGGGGGUGUGAUGUCACGCUUGUGGUCAUGGUCGGAGAGGGUCAUCCAGAGGGUUGCUCAGGCGCCUACCCGACGCACCAGUCGUGCAGAGCUGGACGCCCUUGUUAGAGGUUUGCAGGCGCGGCGGAGGCAUAUGUUGGAGCCUGCUCAUUACAUGGCCCACCUCCUUAACCCGCGCCACAGGAGUAUUGCAUACUUUGAGGGGGCGUGGAGGACAGAUCAGGAGAGGGAGUUGGCAGAGGAGGCUGACAUUUACCUUCGACAGCAGGCGGGAUUGGACAGGCAGCUGUAUCAGGAUUUGAGGACAGCUUUGAGGGAGUUCCACAGUCGAGAGGGCGAUUGUGCGUAUGGCAGUCGCAGCGGGGAUCGAGAUGCGGAGAGUUGCAGGGGGGAGAAGGAGACAUCGACGGUUGCUCAAUGGUGGGUGCAGUGGGGGGAUGGUGUUCCUUUGUUGCAGAGUAUCGCUGUUCGCCUGAUGCAUACGUGGACAUGUGCCUCUCCUGCGGAGAGGAACUGGGUUGUCCACGAGCGCGUUCAAGUGAAGCGGCGAAACAAGCUUGGUCUUACCAAGCUCACUCGUUUGGUGGAGAUAUCCACCAAUUUGAGACUGCUUGGAUGCCACACGAGGGGUGUGGGGUACGUCCUCCCAUGGGAGGACGAGGACGUCAUCACGCAGGAGGAGAGACCGGAGGCCCGUGACUCGGGAGUCCGCCACGCGGACAAGGUCUCUGAUGAGCAGUUGGACAGGCAGACCCCGGUUCCCGCGGGCGAGACACCUAUCAGCCAGGUUGUACGAGGAUUAGAUAUUGACGUAGGUGUCUCGAGCAAUUUGUUGAUGGAGGCGGCUCAGGGGAUGGACGGUACGCCCAGCCGGCCCGUGCGGAGCACGAGGGAUGCUGUCCGUUUUCCAUCUAUGCAGGAGAUGGACGUCGAGACGGAUGUGGACAGGAGGGACCGAGAGGAGAGACAGCGAACGCUGGCGCUUGCUCAGUCCUGCCCUGUGAUACAAGAUAUCAGAGCGAGCUUGGAUGCUGCUCGCGACCUCGAGACGGAAGUCACACGCGUCGCCGAGACGGACCUUCGUGAGACCUGCGGUACGAGGGAGCGGACACAUGGUGUUGAGGAGGUUCAGGAGGGGGAGGACCCCCGACCCGCGCAGGGUGAUGGCCGAGUUUGCAGACCGGGACUUGACCCCAUUCGCGGAGAGGAUAACGAUGUGGAGGGAGGUGGUGAUGGGGCUGUCGGUGGAGGGGAUGCACCUCACGGAGGAUCGGAUGCAGUCGGUCAGCAUGAUGCAUGCGAGGAGGACAGACAGACCAUCAGUGGAGGGUAUCAGGAGGAUGCAGGAGGAGUUAGUGCGUCUGCUGCAAAGAUGCGGCGGUAUGCAGUUGAGGGAACUGGCAAGCAGCCAGCCGAUUCAGAGGUCGCCACCCUCCGUGGCGCGCUUGUGGAGGGUAUUUGUGUGUUGCCCUUAGGUGGCACUAUGUCCGCUGCAGUUUUGGAGUGCAAUGGGAGAGAGGAUCCUCUGGCGGCAAAUCGGUGGGGGCGGAUGGAGGAUUCCAGCAGGAGAGCUUUGGGAGAACCCCCACCGUAUGCAUCGUGUAGCCCGUUUGUGCCCUCUUCCAUGACAGGCGUCACCCCCCCCCUUGGGAUCUUGUGGAGUAGAUGGAGAGCAUCAGGGCCGCAUGCGCGGCAAAUACGAGGUCAUGGGAUAGUGGGUGUGGUGGAUCAGAGGGUCAUUCAUCCGGACCAGGGACACGACAGUUGGAGGGUAGAGGUUUAGAUAGUCUUUCUCCGCAGUCGCGGAUGAAGACCCGGCCUCAUGGAUUAGGCUUUGUGAGGAAGGUCACUCAAGCG